AUGGAGGAAGACCGCGUAGCCACCAACCUCGGCCCCGAAGUGGACGCGGGGAUUGUCGAGGAACCAGCCGUCGUGCCAAAGCAGCCCAGGAGGAGAUUCGUAGGGCGAAGAGCAGUCGAGAAGAGCGGCGAGGCGUCCGCAGACGCCAAUGCGAACAUCGAGGACUCGAGCGCAAUCCAAGUUGCGCAGCCUCGCCGCACUGCGCGAGCCCUGAACGCGAUUCCAGACGACAUCCUGCACGACAAGGACAUCAACGAUGCCAUUGCGCUGCUCCCGCCAAACUACAGCUUCGAGAUUCACAAAUGCAUCCACCGCAUACGCACAUUGGGCGCAAAGUCGAUAGCGCUGCAGUUCCCCGAGGGCCUGCUGCUGUUCGCGACGACGAUAUCAGACAUCCUCACACAGUUCUGCCCGGGCACGACGACGCUGAUCAUGGGUGACGUGACGUACGGGGCAUGCUGUAUCGAUGACUACACUGCACGAGCACUCGGGUGCGACCUGUUGAUCCACUACGCGCACAGCUGCCUGAUUCCCGUAGCCGUGACCAAGAUGGCGACGCUGUACGUCUUCGUCUCGAUCAGCAUCGACACGACGCACCUCAUCAACACCAUCACCUCCAACUUCCCGACCGGAAAGAGCAUCGCGCUAGUCGGGACGAUCCAGUUCAACGCCACAAUACACGGCAUCGUGCCCCUGCUGCGGCGCGAAGGAUACACCGCAAUCGUCCCACAAAUCGCACCGUUGUCCAAAGGCGAGAUUCUAGGCUGCACAUCGCCGUCGAUGGCGAUCAAGCCCGGGCAGCUGAACGCCAGGGGCAGAGAGGAGCAAGUCGCCGAGCUAAUCCUGUACCUGGGCGACGGCCGCUUCCACCUCGAGAGCGCCAUGAUCGCCAACCCCUCCUUGCCCGCGUACAGAUACGAUCCGUACUCGCGGCGGCUCACGCACGAGACGUACGAGCACGACGCGCUGUACUCUCUCCGCCGGACUGCGAUCCUCACAGCGCGGAGAGCGCGCAAAUGGGGCAUCAUACUAGGCUCCCUGGGAAGGCAGGGUAAUCCGCACACGCUCUCGCUGAUUGCAAACGCGCUGUCGAAACAAGGCAUCCCGGUCGUCAAUAUCCUGCUGUCGGAGAUUUUCCCGGGGAAACUCGCGCUGAUGCCGGAUGUGGAUGCGUGGGUGCAGAUUGCGUGUCCGCGACUGAGUAUCGACUGGGGGUAUGCGUUUGCGAAGCCGCUGCUGAGUCCGUAUGAGGCGCUUGUUGCGCUGGGUGUGCGGGAUGCGCCGUGGUUGGACGGGGAUGAGCGGGAGGGGGGGAGUGUGUAUCCGAUGGAUUUUUACGCCAAGGAGGGGUUGGGAAGGACGACUGUUGAGGAUGUUGGGAAGGGCGGGUGUUGA